AAUCCUGACUGCGACUGUCUUCUGCUUGCUUUCGACAAUGCAAAACUGUCGAUUGUUGGUGUUAGUCCAGCGGAGCGUUGUCUCAAAACGAUCUCUUUGCACUGUUUCGAAGAUGAGAUGUUGAAGGAUGGCUUUACGAAAGAUUUAUCAAGCCCAGUGAUCCGUGUCGAUCCUGGCCAACGCUGCGCCGUUAUGCUUAUCUUUGGAAGGAGAAUUCGUCCAUUUACCAAAAUUGUCAACACUUUCCGAACAUUUUAUCUGGGCGUACCCACGGUGGGCGGGCUUUUUUCGCACUCUUCCUUCUGCAGGCCAGCAAUAAGUGGAUUCAGGUCAAGCAUUACUGCAAUAGAAGCACUUAAUCGGAGUCAGGGGCAAAAUUGA